AAGUUUAAAAAUUAAACUCUCUCUCUCUCCUGAAAUGGUUGGCGUUUUCCGGCGAUCGCUCUCCUUUCCGAACAAACCAAACUCCGGCCGUUCAUCUCCGCCAUCGAAGCCUCGGAUCUCUCACCACACCAGAUCUGUCAGUCUCCCCUGCCGAUCCCAUCCCCUCAUCUCCCACAUCAACAACGAGAUCUCUCAGCUCAAAUCCUGGUCCUCCGCCGCCGCCGGAGAGAUGACCGAUGGAUUCCGCCGCACAUCCGCCUGGAUCUCCGACGGUCUUAGCCUCCUCAAGGACGUCCACGAGACGUUCUCCGACAUUCUACGUCUCCCGCAGUCACAGGAAUCCCUCCGAAACCGCCCAAUCUUCUUCGAGACUCUUCUAGAAGAUCUCCUCCGUUUCAUUGACGCCUAUGGAAUCUUCCAGACAUCCAUUCUCUCCCUCCGCGAAAACAAUUCCGGCUCUCAGGUCGCUCUCAGGAAGAGAGACGAUGCCAAAAUUACGGCCAACCUAAAAUCUCGCCAAAAUCUCGCGCGAGAUAUCUCGAGGCUAACGCCGUCUAUCCGCGAGCGGAAGACCACCAAGCAUAAUUUUUGCCACGUCAGCGAGAGUAAAUCGUACGGAGACGCUGAACUGGCAUCCGUCAUUGGUGACGUCAUCGAUGUAACGGUCUUCGUCUCCGUCGCGCUCUUUAACGGCGUAUAUUUCUCGUUCCGUCAAACCAAAACAACGCCGUUCAUCGGGCUUCUGAAGAGAUCGGAGAAAAAGGUGAGAACCGGCGAAGGAAUCGAGGAGCUGAGGAAGAUCGACGAGAAGAGUAUGAGUGGAUUGAGGAGAAAGAGAGAUGAAGAAGUGAAGAUUUUGAUUAAGAGAACGGUGGAAUUGGAGAAUUCGAUACGUGAGAUCGAAUGUGGGAGCGAGAAAGUGUUUAGGAGCUUGAUUAACACUAGGGUUUCCUUGCUUAACGCCUUAACCCAUUAACUAAAUCACUCUUAAUUAUUUGUGUGUGUGUGUGUUUAAUUUCUACUUCUUUUUUCGAUUUUUUUUUUGUGUUUUGUUUGGAGUUCGUUUUAUAAUAUUUUUUUUUAAGAAAUUGAUGUGUUAAAGAAUUUACAGUGAAUAUAAUAAUACUUAA